CCACCGCAAUGGCCUUUCUGCGUUAUAAAACUUGCUGGGGGUACACCGGAGAUUGGCGACUUUGGCGACUUUGUGCGUACUAAAGAUGAAGAGCUUGAUCUUGAAGAGGUUGUCGAGCCUCGGCACAAAUAUGAUCCAAAGGAAAACCAUGUCUUUUAUCCCAUCUACCUCGGCGAGGUGCUCCAUCAGAGAUACCUAAUUGAGUAUAAACUUGGCUUUGGCGGUUGUUCUACUGUCUGGAUGGCCCAUGAUCUCCAGGAGAAAAAGGAUGUGGCCCUCAAAGUCAUGGCUUUAUGGGACUUGGGGGACAACGAAAAAUACAUACAGGAUGAAAUCAUUCAGAAUGUUCAAGAUACCUCUCAUCUUGUCACAUACCUAGCGACUUUUCUUCUUCCUGGGAAUAAAAGUCAUCAUAGGGUCCUAGUGUUUCCUCUACUAGGCCCAUGCAUUUACCCGGUUACCUUGGAAAAGAUUCCUAUGGCUACUCCCAUAUCUGCUGCUCUACAACUGCUCAAGGCUAUAGAAAGCCUACACAAAGCUGGAAUUGUACACUGUGAAUUAAAUGAGAGAAGCUGCAUGGCUGCUAAAUACAAGAAACUCGGUCGGCCAUUGAAACAAACCAUCCCAUUCGUCAAGCUGUGGAAACAGGGAGAGCUUGUUAGAUCCGUUAAGAUUCCCGAGAACCUACGCACCGAUGAAUUCUUCCUCGGUAACUUCGGUAUAGCGAAGAAAAUUGACGACGACAACGAUACCACUCAACAAGACUAUCCACCUCUGCAAUUUUGCUCUCCGGAACGACUUCAUGGUAAAGACCCAGCUUUGCCUGCGAUAUGUGGAGUUAUAUGGUCAUCUUCUCUGUGCUUUGCAUUCAGUUUCCGCCUUUCCCUACCUGUUUCCAGGGUGGAUUAA